CUCUCUCGCUCUCUCUCUCUCUCUGCGUGUGUUUGCGCGCACACGCGUACAUCCACAAAACCCAUGUAUUCCGCUAAGCAGCUCGUUCUUGCCUGCUCGGCGGCCAUCGCCGCCUCCGCCACUCUGACAGCCACCCUGCUCGGCACCGGGGUCCCCACCUCCAGCAUGAGCAACUUCUGGGGUGGCGGUGCCAAGAGCGAGAAUGUGGCGGCCGCACCUCCGGCUGACGUGGUGGCCAGUCUGCCCCCGGCCUCUGGGGAUGCUUCUCCGGCUGCCGGCGGCCCGGCUCGGCCGGCUUACACCCAGCAGCAGAUGCAGGAUCUUUUGCGGCUCCCGAUGCAGGCCAGCCAGGCCGCUGACCAUCCGGUGCUCGGCCUCAUUGGCCAGUAUGGCCUCCAGGGGUCCGAGCAGCUCAUUGACCGGGAGAACUACCUCGUGCUGUUCAACCGCCGGACUCGCACCCCGACCUGGACUCUGCACCACAUCAACCAGGAGUAUCUCCACAAUGCCAAGGCCAAGCGUCCGGCCACCUUCAAUGGGGACCCAGAGCUGUCGCCUCUCUUCCGUGUGGAGCACCGCCACUAUGGCGGCUUCCCGGAUCUCAACCGCGGGCACAUGGUCCCAGCCGGCGAUCGCCACAGCGACCAAGAUGAGAAGGACAGCACUUUCUUCAUGAGCAAUGUCGUCCCGCAGAACCGCUCCAACAACAGCGGAUACUGGGGCAGCAUCGAGGCUUUCAUCCGGCGCCUGGUCACCAGCCAGGCCUACCAGGAUGUCAUUAUGUAUACCGGACCGGUGUAUGCUCCGCGCUCGGUGGCCGAUGAGCGUGGUGCCGCCAAGGGCACCACCGGCCCCCGGCAGGAGGGCACCCACACCUCGGUCGAGUAUCUGCUGAUCAACAGCAAGCAGCCGACCGUCGGCGUGCCGACCCACCUCUUCAAGGUGAUCCUGGCCACCAACCCCAAGGGCUCCGGCCGGAAGCAGCUCUCUUUGACGGCCUUUCUCGUCCCCAACGCCCCGAUCGAUGCCGCCGUGCCGCUGACCAAUUUCGAGGUCCCGGUGGAGGAGAUUGAGCGCCUCACCGGGGUCGUGUUCUUCCCGGAGCUCAAUCGCCGGAGCACGACCAACCUUUGCAAGGAUGUCCCCUGCAUUCUGCAGAAGUAAACCACACUGCGGCCCCUCGAGAGGCCCAAGCACACCCGCUCACACCCACACACGUCAGAAGGCCGUCCCUGCUGCCUUGCUGUUCUCCCAUGAUAGACAAGUUAUGCCCCUGUAGGGUGUUUCACCUCUCCU